UUUUUUUUUUUUGAUUUUUCUCUCUCUCUUCAACUCCCCACUCUUUCAAAGAAAUAUGCUUCGUGCUUCUAGUCAACGUGUCUUCACUACACAACGUAUUGUUCAACGCUCUUUGGCUACAGUAGCUAGUCGUACUACGAAUACUUCUAAUUAUCCUGCUCCUUUCUUCCCCGAUGAACCAACCCAACCUUCUAUGAAAACUGCAGUUCCUGGUCCUCAAUCAAAAGCCAUUCAACAACGUUUGACUCAAUAUCAAGAUACUCGAUCUGUUUUCUUCGUAGCUGAUUUCGAAAAGUCCAAGGGCAAUUAUAUUGUAGAUGCUGAUGGUAAUGCUUUAUUGGAUAUGUUUGCUCAGAUCGCCUCUAUUCCUGUUGGUUACAACAAUCCUGCUUUUCUUGAACUGGUCAAAAAUCCUGCCUUUCAAACUGCUCUUGCUAACAGAGCUGCUCUUGGUGUGAACCCAAACAAAGACUGGGUGGACAAUGUAGAAAAUGCUUUUAUGCGUGUGGCACCUAAAGGAUUGGAUCAAGUAUUUACAGUGAUGUGUGGUUCAUGUGCUAAUGAAAAUGCAUUCAAAACUGCUUUCAUGUACCAAGCUGCUAAAAAACGAGGUGACAAGGAUUUUUCUCUGGACGAAUUAACAAGUUGUAUGAACAAUCAAGCCCCGGGCUCUCCUGAUAUGUCCAUUCUCAGUUUCUCUCAAGCUUUCCAUGGACGUCUCUUUGGUUCUUUAACUGCUACUGCUUCCAAAGCAAUUCACAAGAUCGAUAUUCCUGCUUUCAACUGGCCCAAGGCUCCUUUCCCAUUACGUAAAUAUCCUCUGGCCGAAAAUGAAGAAUAUAAUACCAAGGUCGAAAAAGAAUCUUUACAAGCUGUGGAAGAAAUCAUUCAAAAGAAUAAACAACCAGUGGCUGCUCUUAUUGUGGAACCUAUUCAAUCAGAAGGUGGUGAUAAUCAUGCUUCUCCUGCAUUCUUCCGUCAAUUACAAGCCAUUUGCAAGAAACAUGAUGUAUUAUUCAUUGUAGAUGAAGUUCAAACAGGUGUUGGUGGUACUGGAACGUUUUGGGCUCAUGAAGCUUGGGAAUUACCUGAAUCACCUGAUAUUGUUACUUUCUCCAAGAAAUUCCAAGCUGCUGGAUUCUUUUUGAAUCAUCGUCUUCGUCCCAGUCAACCUUAUCGUCUCUAUAAUACUUGGAUGGGUGAUCCUGUUCGUGCUAUGCAAGCUGCUGCCAUCAUCAAUGAAAUUGAAAGUAAGGAUCUAUUAACCAAUGUCAAGCAAGUCGGUGCCUACUUACAAGAACAACUCCCUACCUUCAAAUCAUUGGAAAAUUUACGUGGACAAGGUACAUUUAUUGCUUUUGAUUUAGCUAAUAGUGCUAAACGUGAUCAACUAUUGAUGGAUAUGCGACAAAAAGGUGUCAAUGUGGGUGGUUGUGGUGAUCGUACUGUUCGUUUACGUCCCAUGUUGACAUUCCAAAGACGUCAUGCCGAUAUCUUUUUGAACACUAUCGAAGAUGCUUUAAAAUUACAGUAAUAGUUAUUAUCUUAGUUUAGUCCGUUUUAUCAUUGUUUUCUCUAUCAUUUUAUUAUUUGUUAUUACAGGGUUUUUCCUUGUGAAUUGCCUUUAUUUUUCUUUUUUUGUUUUUUGUAUAGAAACUUUUCGAAUAAAAAAAAACCAUAAUCAUUAUAUACUCAA